GACCCUGGUCGAACCGAACCAAGUAGAACGGGCCGUGCGUGCCUGCCCGUCUCACGCUCUCUCCCCCACCCGACCCGGCGGCGACCCCAUCCCAUUCGGCCGACCAUGGCGACACGGCCGGAGCUGAUAGACGACCUCCUCGGCGAGGUCCUCCUCCGCCUCCCGCCGGACGAGCCCGAGCACCUCUUCCGCGCCGCCAUCGUCUGCAAGUCGUGGCUCCGCAUCGUCUGCGACCCCGCCUUCCGCCGCCGCUACCGCGCCUUCCACGGAGCCCCUCCCCUCCUCGGCCUCCUCCACCUGCUCCAGGUCCUCCAAGGAAGCCCCGCGCACCGCUUCGCCUCCACCACGUCGAUGCCGGACUUCCCCUACCCGGGCUCCGACGGCGAGGGCGAGCACCCCACCCCCCUCGACUGCCGCCACGGCCGCGUGCUCUACCACUUGGUGCAGGGCGACAGCCUGGUUCUCGUCGUCUCAGACCCCGUCACGGGCGACCGGCGCGUUCUGCCCGCGCCGGGCGUCGAUUGGUUCAUCUGGACCGCCGCGGUGUUCUGCGCCGCCGAUGGCUGCCGACAUCUCGACUGCCAAGGCGGCCCCUUCCGCGUGGCCUUCCUGGGCACCGGCAACGACGACCGUGUCGUUAAGGCGAACGUGUACUCAUCGGUGACAGGUGCGUGGAGUGCGCCGGUAUGCCUCGACGAUGGCUGUGAAGGCUAUGCCCAGCUCAAGCGAGAUGACAUUGCAAAAAACUUCUACCACCUACCCUAUGUCAUGCCUCGGCGAGUAGCCGUCAUUGGAGAUGCAGUCUACUUCACACUUCGGUCGGUUGACAAAAUCGUCAAGUACAACUUGCCAAACAAGUGCUUCUCCAUGAUCAGCCAGCCGCCACACGAUUUGGCCCCAAUGGCUCUCAUGGUGAUGGAGGACAGUUCGCUGGGGUUUGCCUGCAUCAACAAUUCUAGCCUUUGUUUGUGGUCAAGGAAGGUGGAUCCAGAAGCGGCUGCAGAAUGGGUACAAUGCAGGGUCAUCGAGCUGAAGAAAAUUAUACCCGAUGUCGAUCUGGAUUGGGAACCAUUUGUGGUUGGUUCCGCAGAGGGUGUGGGUGUCAUCUUCAUAAGCACAGAUGCUGGCUUAUUCGCGACAGAGCUAAAGUCAGGGCGAGUCAGGAAGGUUGACGAGCCGGGAGAGUACUUUAGCGUCCUACCCUACAUGAGCUUCUACACUCCAGGUAUAGAUCGUGGCAGAUUGUUGGCGCUAGCGAAGACUCACUGAUCUCUGACGGACCGCUCAAUAGUGAUGCAUUGCGAAAUGGAAAAACCCAUCAUCUUUAGUCUGCUGCUGUUGGCUUCUUGCAAUCUACUAACAUCAGGUUGUUUCGUUUCUUUUGAGGAGUUUAAGCAUGAAGGGUGCAAGUUUCAGUCGUGGUUGUCCUCGUUCAGUUCAUCAUGAUAAUGUGGCUAGAGAGUUGUAUUUCGGUUUCUAAAGUUGGUUUCUUAUCUGUUAUGCAGUUUGAGUGUCAAUUAUGCAAGUGACCAUGUUCGACUGUGGUUGUUGUGUCGAAUUCGUCCUGGUCAUGUCGAUGAGCGCCAACUGUAUCUCUGUUCAGCAUAUCAGGUGUACUUCUGUUACUGUUUGGUUAAAUGCUCGAGUCGGCUACAUGAAACUUGGAAUUAUGUGGGUCCUACGCCAUUUCCAUAUUUCUGAAAGAAAUAUUGUCGUUCAGUGUUUUCCGUUGUCUUGUAAAGCGGCAUCGACUAGCAGUGUAAGAAUUUCUGGACACAACUGGAAAGUUUUUUUUGUUUUCUGCUUGAGUCUGAAUUGCAUAUGUAUUGCUCUUGCUCCCUCUUCAUUCUUUUGGAUAAACAGUGGUUCAAAAUACAUUGAAAUGUGUUGCGGGUUA